AUGACCCAAACCACUCAACCAGCCAACAACCCCCACACUGCCGAUCCCGCGACGCCAAGCAGCCUCCAACCGAGCUCGAAACCGAAGAAGCUGAUUAUCUCGAAUGCCCAUCUCCAGGCAUUUAUCGAAUCGACGACCCAUGCCGAGGUAGUCGAAUUCAUCGAGGACUUGAACCAGUCUAUCAUCGGUCUCCCUCUCGAUCAUCCCGUCCCAUUAUCAGAUAAUAUUCAAAAUUUACUCGAGAUUCUGGAAAAGAUUAAGAGUAUCGCAUUGUCUCAUCCGCCGGUCGAUAACAAAGCAUCGCGAUUUGGCAAUCCUACAUUUCGGGAAUUUUAUGACCAACUCGAUCAGGAAUCGGAAGUUCUACAUGGCUCGCUUGAUAUACCGGAAGACAAACUGACCGAAGUAUCGACUUAUCUGACCGAGUCUUGGGGCAAUCGAACGCGAAUCGAUUAUGGAAGUGGAAUGGAACUGAACUUUCUUUGUUGGCUACUUUGUUUGAAUAAACUGAAGGUCUUGGGCACUGAAAAUUAUCCGGCUGUGGUCUUGAAAGUGUUCUGGAAAUAUAUUGAGGUGAUGCGCUACUUGCAGUCUACAUAUUGGCUGGAGCCAGCAGGUUCGCAUGGAGUCUGGGGUCUGGAUGAUUAUCACUUUUUACCGUUCCUAUUUGGUGCUGGCCAGUUGAGGAACCACAAGUAUCUCAAGCCGAAAUCGAUCCAUGACCCUGAUGUAUUGGAAGGGUUCAGUCAGCAAUACAUGUAUCUAGCCUGCAUCCAAUUCAUCAACUCUAUCAAAACCGCAAGUUUACGAUGGCAUUCUCCGAUGUUAGACGACAUCUCGGGAGUUAAAACUUGGGACAAAGUCAACUCGGGAAUGAUUAAGAUGUACAAGGCGGAGGUCCUUGCCAAACUGCCAGUAGCUCAGCACUUUCUAUUCGGCACUUUGCUUCCAUUCCCGGAUACUGAUCUGCAGGGGGUGGACAGUAAGACUGAAGAUUCUUUGGUUGUAGACCAUGCUGGGCACUUACAUGUAAAAGGUCAGCAAGGUUGGGGGGAAUGUUGCGGAAUCCCUAUCCCUAGUAGCUUUGCUGCUGCUCAUUCGGAAAACAAAAACCCUGCGGUCCGACGGAUCCCCUUUGAUUAA